CUGUUGAAGUGAUUUAAGAUUUUAAAAAAAGUAAAAAUUUGUAAAAAUGGAGCGUUGGUAUCGAAAAACCGCAAUUGUGACAGGAGCAAGUUCAGGAAUAGGUGAAGCAAUAGCUGAGGUUUUAGUAAAAUCAGGGAUGCAGGUUGUGGGUUUUGCUCGUCGUAUAGAUAGAGUCCAAGCCAACGCAGCAAAACUCACAAAAUACACCGGAAAACUCCAUGCUGUCAAAUGUGACAUCCGCAGUGAGGAAGACAUCUGCAAAGCAUUCGAAUGGACAACCAAAAACGUCGGCAUAGUCCAUGUCCUCAUCAACAAUGCAGGUGUCUUACCACCCACUAACUUAAUAUCAGGAAACGCUCAAAACUGGCGUGAUAUACUCGAAACAAACGUCUAUGGUUUAUGCAUAGCUCAAAGAGAAGCAUGCAAACUUAUGAUGGCGAAUAAAAUAGCCGGACAUAUUAUUAACCUCAACAGUAUCGCUGGGCAAUCACAUCUGUAUUUUCCUACGUUUAGUAUUUAUGGAGCUAGCAAACAUGCUGUUACGAAUAUUUGUGAAUGUCUUAGACAAGAGUUGAAUGCUAAUAAGUGUAAUAUUAAAGUCACUAGUAUUAGUCCGGGUCCUGUAAGGAAUGACAUGUUGGCACCACAAGUGUUUAUGGACCAAUUUAAGGGCAUGCCAAUGUUGGAGAACAAGAAUGUUGCGGAUGCUAUUUUGUAUUCUUUGGGAACUCCUCCGGAUGUUUUGAUUAGUGAAAUUAUUGUUCGAGCUGUCGGUUCUGAUUAUUAAUUUAUUUUGUUGUAUUCUCUUAAAAUAACAUAACCUUUAUAAUUUUCUUUAAUUUUUGAAUAUUUUUCAAUCAAAAUUUUAUUUUAUUUUCUUA